AUGUUUAACACUCGACUAGCUUUAUCACCCAAACGUAUCUUCAAUAAGGAUAUAUGGAAAGUCUCUAGAAGAUUUAAUAGUAAUGGAGCAAACAGAACCAGAUCAAACUUUAUCAAAGGAGCCUUCUUCAGCUCUAUUCUAAUUGGUAGUACUGGUAUAGCAUACAAAUAUGGAAAGAAUUCUACUAAUCUGACGCCGUCAUCAGAAAAUUUCCCACUAGAAUCUACAACGAAGUUAGAAAAUAUUUCUCCACCAAAGUAUUGUUCCGAAAGUGAAUUAUUACAAGCUGUCAAAGAAUUAAAAGAACUUUUGGGAGACAAAAAUGUUUUCAAUUCCAAAGUAGAGCUCGAGCACCAUACAAAGAACGAGUUUACACAUCAUUUGCCUAGAGAACACGAAAAACCAAGAUAUGUUAUUUAUCCAUCGUCCACAGAAGAAGUCUCAAAAUCUAUGAAGAUUCUUUUCAAGUAUAAUGUACCAGUGGUACCAUUCAGCGCAGGCACUUCAUUAGAGGGCCAUUUCUUUUCAACAAGACAGGGAAUCUCGAUGAACACAUCGAGAAUGGAUCAAAUUCUAGAGAUUCAUCAUGAUGAUUUGGAUGCGGUUGUUCAAGCGGGUGUGAACUGGCAAAAGCUAAACGAAGAACUAGCACCACAUAAUUUAAUGUUUGGAACUGAUUGUGGACCGAAUGGCUUGAUCUCGGGAAUGAUAAACACAAAUGCAUCCGGUAUAAAUGCUUCGAGAUAUGGUGCUAUGAUUAGUAAUGUUAUAUCCAUUACUGUUGUACUUGCCGAUGGGACUAUUGUGAAAACCAAACAAAGACCUCGCAAAUCCAGUGCGGGAUACAAUUUGACAGGGCUAUUUAUUGGUAGUGAAGGAACCUUAGGAAUCGUGACAGAGGCGACUGUUAAGCUACAUGUCAAGCCUCACUUCGAAACUGUAGUUGUAGGCCAAUUUCCAUCUAUUCUAGACUCAACUAAUGCCGUGGCUCAGAUAUAUCGAGCAGGUGUUCAUCCAAAUGCAAUAGAAUUAUUAGAUGAGGACAUGAUGCACUGCAUUAAUUACAGUGGGUAUUUUACUCGCCACUGGCUAGAGUGUCCGACUCUCUUCUUCAAAAUUGGCGGUAUAAAUGAAACUGUCGUCAACGAAUAUGUUAACAAGCUUAAGGAAAUAUCCAUGCAAAAUAACUGUGAGGAAUUCAUAUUUGCCCAGAAUGAAGAGGAACAAGAAGAACUCUUCUCAGCCCGAAAAAAUGCUUUCUAUGCCAUUUUAAACUACGGUAGAAACGAAAUACACGAAGAUGUCAGACUUUGGGUCACAGAUAUUGCUGUUCCCUUGUCAAAACUCUCUCCUGUGCUCACAAAAGUGGACGAACUCAUAAAAAAGUCUGGUUUGCAAAGUGUUAUUCUCGGCCAUGUUGGAGAUGCAAACUUUCAUGCUGAUGUUUUCUACAAGCCAGACGAAAAGAAAAAGUGCGAGGAGCUUAUUCACAAAAUGAUGUUAUUAGGGUUAGAAAAUGAAGGUACUUCCAGUGGUGAACAUGGUAUAGGUAAUGGUAAACGGAAGUAUCUCGAGCUAGAAUUGGGGACUGAUGCGGUGGAUUUAAUGAGAAGAUUAAAAUUUUCUUUGGAUCCAAAGAGAUUACUAAACCCUGACAAAAUCUUUAAGAUUGACCCUACUGAUGAUAGAGAUUAA